AUGAUCAUGUUUGCCUCCCGCAGUAUUCGACCUCGCCAAUUUCUCCCCACGCAGCUUAGACGGCUAUUUAUCCAAACACAGUUAACGCCAAAUGAAAACGCACUCAAGUUUGUGCCCUCAGAGUUCAAGUUCCUGCCCUCCUCCACCACCCCCACGCUAGAGGUGAGUAAUGUGAAGGACGCUCUUAACAAGUCAGAGCUGGCAUUUAAGCUGUUCAGUGCAAACGACAAGUCUAUAGAGUCGAUUCUGUUUGGAUACAACUUCAUCACCGUGGUGAAGGGCGAGCAACACAAUUGGUCUUUACUCAAACCCGAAAUAUUUUCGAUACUGACAGAGCACCUCAACUCUGGCCAGGCGGUUAUUAAUCAGGACUACAUGGAGAUUCUCCGUCAACAAACGGAGGAGGCUGACGAAGCUGACGAAUACGAAGACGAAGACGAGGUGAUCGCACUCAUAACAGAGCUGCUAACUACAAGAAUACAGCCAGCCAUCCAGGAAGAUGGAGGAGAUAUCAAGUUUGUCAAGUUUGACGAAGACACAGGAACAGUUCAUUUGAAACUUAUUGGAGCAUGCAAAAGCUGCUCGUCGAGUGAAAUCACUCUCAAAAACGGUAUAGAAGAGAUGCUCAAGUUUUACAUUGACGAAGUCAAACAUGUUCAACAGAUCGCAGACGAGGAAGACCAACCGGAGUCCAUAAUCAAUGACUACCGGCCAAUAAAGAAAGAGCAGUCGUCCAGUUUAUGA